CACUUUGUGUAAUAAACAUGUGCAUUAAAAUUCAAAAAAUUGAAAAAAAAAAAAAUGAAAACGAAAAAUAUUUUGAAUAAUAGCAGCCUUAAGUCUCCUUUCGUUUCAUCAGGAAGUUCGGCACCGUCGACAAGUAUCGGGCGUUCGUUUUUAUCCCUGUGGGAUCAGGUACAUGCGAUGGAAUCGCCGAACGAUGGAUCGGCCUCGCAAGAAGUGGAGCUGGAGUCGUUUCAAAGGCAAGUAGCUGACCGAUUUCACGAUUUAUCUUCUGUUCCUUCUGAUGAAUUGCUUUCUCUUCCAUGGGUUCGGAAACUGCUUGACGUUUUCCUUUGUUGUCAAGAGGAAUUUCGGAUCAUCCUUUUUAACAAUAAAGCUCAUGUGAUGAAACCUCCCAUGGACCGUUUGAUUGCCGAUUUUUACGAGCGUACUGUUAAGGCGCUUGAUGUUUGUAACGCGAUUCGUGACGGAAUUGAACAGAUCAGGCAAUGGCAGAAGCUUCUAGAAAUCGUGCUUUGCGCUUUGGGUGAUCGUAAUGUUAAUAAUAAUACGAAUAAUAAUGAUAACAAUAAUUGUUAUCAGAGAGCCCUAGGAGAAGGGCAAUUUCGUCGUGCGAAAAAGGCCUUGAUAGAUUUAGCAAUUGGGAUGCUUGAUGAGAAAGAUUCCGGUCAAGCUUUGGCUCAUAGGAAUCGUUCCUUUGGAAGAAACAGUAAUAGCAACAGUCACUUCAAGGAUCAUCACCAUCGUUCUUUAGGGCAUUUCAGGUCGUUGUCUUGGAGCGUUUCGAGGUCUUGGUCUGCUGCUAGACAGCUCCAGGCAAUUGGGAACAACUUGGCUAUGCCACGAGGGAAUGAGGUUGUGGCUACCAAUGGACUUGCAAUGCCUGUUUACACAAUGGGUUGUGUUUUGUUGUUUGUAAUGUGGGCUUUGGUGGCUGCAAUUCCAUGCCAGGAUCGUGGUUUGCAAGUUCAUGUUUAUGUGCCAAGGCAGUUGUCAUGGGCGGCUCCAAUACUUUCGUUGCACGAGAGGAUUAUGGAGGAGUCAAAGAAGAGGGAUAGGAAAAAUGCUUGUGGGUUGUUGAGGGAGAUUUAUCAGAUGGAGAAGUGUUCGCGGUUGUUGGGUGAACUUGCUGAUUAUGUGGAGUUUCCGUUGAGUGAGGAGAAGGAAGGGGAGGUUAGGCAGAGAGUGAAGGAAUUGGGGCAGGUUUAUGAUGUAAUGAAGGAAGGUUUAGAGCCGCUGGAGAGGCAGGUUAGGGAGGUGUUUCAUAGGAUUGUUCGUAGCCGAACUGAAGGGCUUGACUCUUUGGGAAGGGGACACAAUUCUGAAUAAAAUGUCUUUUUGGGUUGCGAUGAUUCAAAUUGUAAAUGUCAAAUGUGCAACUUGCAAAUGUGUUUUGAUUUUGGCUUUGAGGGAACUCGACAAUCAUGAAGAAGGAGAAAAAAUGUGAAGAAUGAUCUGAGGCAUGCGACACGAAAAUAAGAAAGGGUAAGGUGGAAAAACAAAAAAGAUUUUCUUGUAUUUAUCACCAUAUAUCAGUGUAAAGGAAGUAGGAUAGGGAGUUUUACCUUCCGUCUUGUUGCUGAUGUCCAGCUUUGUGUUGUUUUUAUAUAAUCUGGUUUCUGAGUAAAUUUGCAUCUUGGUUCUAGUUGAUUUUGUGUUCAAAGUUUGUCUUCUUGUCGCUGGUAUAUACUUUUUGUGCGUCUUUGUUAAUAUUCUGCAUUUUAGAUGCAAUAAUAAGAUGAAUAAUAGUGAAUAAGAGAGCUCAUUUUGUUGCUAAGUUUUAUGGACAAAGUUGUUACCAACGGAUGGAAUGCAAAUAUUUUGUAUGAUGGUUUCUUGGAUGAAGAAAAUAUCUUUUUGCUCUGUUGGGCUUUGUAACUAGAAUACUCCUUGACUGGUCCAAGGAAAUCUGAUCUGUACCAGCAAAUGUCUAGUACUGGGUAGCGGAGAACACCAAUAGAUUUGUUAUUGCUUUUAUUUCCUUUUCGGUUGUUCAACAAGUGUUUGCAAGCAUCUGUAUAAAUAAUUUCAUUCUCAUUGAUUGAUGUCUUUGUCCUUGGGAUUUUAUGAAAGAUUUUUGUCACUUGCUUUUUUCAAAGAAAAACUUUGCCAACCUGUUAUAUCAUGCAAAUCAUACCAAGAAGCUCUGUGCUUUACCCUGCCCUCGUCUUUUGUGCUUCAAAAAACUGUCUGUUGAUUCCCAGCUUGCUGUGAGAGGGAAGAUAAUGAAGAUAUUAAGAUAAUUGAUCUCCUUUAAAAUUCUUAUUCUUGUGCAAUUGAGCUAAGCAUGGAUUCUGAAUUGGACCUUUGCUGGAAUGCCCCACUGUUGUGGAUCUCUUAAGCGUAUUAAUUUUCUCUACCUGCAUUAUGCUAGCGAAGAAAGCAUUGAAGGGUUAAGAGAUUUGGAUUGACAUCAAGGCUGUGCGCAUUAGAUGAAGUGUUGUUCCUUUUUAUUUUUUAAUAUUAAGGAUUAAUUAUGCAACUGUUAUGUGUUCAAUAUGAUUGCUUCAGUGUAAGCUUCCUGUGUCCCCUAUACCAC